AUGGACCGGGUGACAAAGCUGGCUUCUCAGCGUGCGGUGGUCAUCUUCAGCACGAGCUCCUGCUGCAUGUGCCACACGGUGACGCGCCUGUUCCGCGAGCUCGGGGUGAACCCGACGGUGGUGGAGCUGGACCAGGACCCCAGGGGGAAGGAGAUGGACAAGGCACUGGCGAGGCUGCUGGGCCGCAACCCCGCGGUGCCGGCGGUGUUCAUCGGUGGCAGGCUCGUCGGCUCCACCGACAAGGUGAUGUCGCUUCACCUCAGCAGCAACCUCGUCCCGCUUCUGCGCAAUGCCGGCGCGCUCUGGGUGUAG